UCUGCCUGUAAAGUCUGUAACUACUACUAUAAAUUAAAGGCGCGAUUGAAUUAGAAAACCACAAACUAUCAGAUUUAUCAUCAAUUCACAUUUUAACAAUUGGCAGACGAAGAACAGUGGCAUUGUGUUUGAUAGAUUUUCAACAAAAAUGGGCGUAGAUGAUGUACCACUGGACGACAAAGCAAAGAGAAUGAGGGAUCUGUUAUCAAGUUUCUAUUCUCCUGAUCCUACUUCUCCUUCAAGAACUCCCAAUAGUAAUAAUACUUCUUCAAGAUUCGCUACAUUGGAUACCAUCAAUACCACUACAUUUGAUGCUGAUCAAUACAUGAACCUUCUUGUGCAGAAGUCCAAUUUGGAAGGUCUGCUUCAGAGGCAUGUUGAUAUGGCUGCUGAGAUAAAGAAUCUGGAUACUGACUUGCAGAUGUUGGUAUAUGAAAAUUACAACAAGUUUGUAAGUGCCACAGAUGCUAUUAAAAGGAUGAAGAACAAUAUUGUCGGCAUGGAAACAAACAUGGAACAGCUUCUUGAAAAGAUAAUGUCCGUCCAAUCUAGAAGUGAUGGGGUUAAUACUUCUCUUUUUGAGAAGAGAGAGCACAUUGAGAAAUUGCAUCGGACCCGCAAUCUUCUACGGAAAGUUCAGUUCAUAUACGAUCUACCUGCUAGGUUAGCAAAGUGCAUCAAGUCAGAAGCCUAUGCUGAUGCAGUAAAAUACUAUAUAGGAGCCAUGCCCAUUUUCAAGAUAUAUGGGGACUCUUCAUUCCAGGACUGCAAACGAGCCUCAGAGGAAGCAGUUGCUACCAUUAUCAAAGCCUUGCAGGGGAAGGUAUUCUCAGAUUCAGAAUCCAUACAAGCCAGGGCAGAGGCUGUUAUGCUCCUUAAGCAAUUAGAUUUUCCGGUUAAUAAUUUGAAGGUGCAACUCUUUGAGAAGUUAGAACAGUUCCUUGUGGAUCUCAAUCUAGAAUCUAAGGAAAUAAGAUAUGCUUCAUCAGACCUUGGUGGGAUUCCUGUAUCGACGUCUUCUAGUGCUCCUGAGGCUUCUAUUCGUGAAUUUGCUGAGGCUGUCCGCGCUUAUCGAGUUAUUUUCCCUGAUUCCGAACAACAGCUCUUUAGACUUGCAAAAGACUUAGCUACAAAGCACUUUGAAGCCACAAAACAGCAGAUUAAGAAGCAGCUCUCUUCAGCAUACCUUGUUGCCAUGUUGCGAGUAAUUUGGACUGAUGUGCUUCUGAUGGAUGAAGUGCUGCCAGAGGCCGGAAUAUGUGAUUUUACGUUUGAGGCUGCUCACGAUGCUAUCAAACAAUAUGUUGCUGGAAGAUUCAGUCAUCUUCUGCUAGAUAUUUCAGGUACUCUUGUAAAAGUCCAUGAUAGUCAAAAGGGUGUAAUUGAAGAAGAGUAUCCUUUGCAGGCUGCCCUAGAGACCAGCAAAAAGGCAUUAGUUCAAGGCAGCAUGGACACCUUGCUGGAUACCCGUCGACUUCUUGAUGAAAACUUGGAAGUGCUAUUAAGGUUGACAGACUUGAUCAUUGAGUGGGUGCAAGAAGGAUUUCAGGACUUAUUCAGGAAGCUAAAUGAUCAAUUUCUCGUGCUUUCGGGCAAGAAAUAUUCAGCUAAUCAGGAUCUAACCUUUGGGGAGGGAAUGCAGGGUGAUAAAGUACUUCCUGAUCUUGUUCUUUUGCUGGCUCAGCUCUCCGUUUUCAUUGAGCAAAAUGCCAUUACCAGAAUUACCGAGGAAAUAUCUUCUUUUUCUCGUGGUGGGACUCGGGGCUUUGAAAAUAGCCCAGCUUUUAUUCCUGCAGAAAUUUGUCGUAUUUUUCGAUCAGCUGGUGAAGAACUCUUGCAGCAUUAUAUAAGCUUGAAAACUCAGAAAAUCUUGAUUGUGCUGAAGAAGAGAUUUACAACCCCCAAUUGGGUUAAGCAUAAAGAGCCCAGAGAAGUUCAUAUGUUCGUUGAUCUGCUUCUCCAAGAGCUGGAUACAAUCCUUAAUGAAGUAAAGCAAAUAUUGCCUGAAGGGCUCCACCCUAAGCAUCGGCGCACAGACAGCAAUGGGAGUACCAAUUCUUCUCGUAGUAAUCCAUUGAGAGAUGAUAGACUGGUACGAUCAAAUACCCAAAAGGCUAGGAGUCAGCUUCUUGAGUCCCAUUUAGCAAAAUUGUUUAAGCAGAAGAUGGAAAUUUUUACUAAAGUUGAACACACACAGGAAUCAGUUAUAACUACGAUUAUAAAACUUUUCUUGAAGAGUUUACAAGAAUUUGUCCGACUUCAGACUUUUAACCGGAGUGGAUUUCAACAAAUUCAGUUGGACAUUCAUUUUCUUAAGACCUCUCUUAAGGAUACUGCUGAAGAUGAAGCUGCUGUUGAUUUUUUGCUGGAUGAGGUGAUUGUUGCUGCUGCUGAACGUUGUCUUGAUCCCAUUCCUCUGGAACCGGCCAUCUUGGACAGGCUUACCCAAGCAAAGUUGGCAAAGAAUUCGGAAUAGAGCUCUACUUCAUAAUUAUCUGGGAGACUGGGAGCUCAAAUGCAUCUUCCUGCUGCGACCCCUGAGCUUGCAAUAAUCAGAAAGCAUAACACUCGAUGCAUCUUUUUUUUGAUAGGUAAAGCAUAACGCUCAAUACUAGGUAUAUAUUAGAAUAAAAACCUUGCUUUAAAGCCUUUCUAGGCAGGGACGAACUCAAAGAUUUAGAGUCAACGAGUUCAAAAUGGGUGUGAUCUCUUAGAUAUUCACAUUUCUUAUUCAUUUUUACAUAUGUCUAAGUGAUUCGAGCUGAAAAUAGUGGAUUCACUCGAACCCUGCUAAAUCCGGUCUAAAUAAGCAUGCAACAUGCACAUACAUCUCUUUGAUAGAAUAGAAGCAUUGCCAGUUUGCCAAUCAGUUCUCCUGGUUUUGAAACCAAUCACAUUGCAGCUUAGUUCAUGCAUCGCUGGAUUGUUGAGGAGCCAGCCAUUAACGUGGUUGCAGGAUUUUCCAAAUGAAAGAAGGGGUAGAGUGGAUAUUGUAAUUUGUAUUCAUUUUAUUUACCUCAAAUCAAUGGCUCAUUUUUUUAUUUUUUUAUUGCCUAAGUCCCAAAUCAACUGCUAAAUUGACUUUCAUUCAUUCAUUGUCAACUUUACCAAUUUUGAUCAUCAAA